AGCGACUGGGCUCGGCUGGGCCACACAAGGCCCCCCAGAACCGAGCUGGCUCGUCCUCACACCCCAGCGCAGUGCCCCUUUUCUGACUGACCCCGCAUCGCGAGCAAACGCCAGCUUCGUGACGUCACAACCCUGCCCAUCCCCUCAGCUUGAUGACACCUGGAGCCCCAGCUCCCCGCUUCACUUCGCGCGCCCUUAGUGUCCCUUUCACGUAGCCCAUGGCUGAGCGCCAGCGGCACUGCACGGAACCUGCCAAGCUAGAAGACUUGCUGCGGGAAAACUCCUAGGACUUUUUUCGCAAACUCUAGGGUGUUGGGAAGCGUCACAAUCACUGCCUCCAAGUCUAAUCGGCCAUCCCACUGCACUGUCAGGCGCUGCCCUUUUAAGAACCCAGCAGUGAUGUGGAGGUGGAGACCCACAGGAGCCCCGGACUUCACCUGAGCUACCUCAGUGGUCACCAAGAGUGGCAAGAUAAAGAAAACCCUGAGUUGGGCGGGACCAGGAUGCCUGACCGGGACAGCUAUGCCAACGGUACCGGGAGCAGCGGUGGAGGCCCUGGAGGUGGUGGCAGCGAGGAGGCCAGUGGGGCAGGGACAGGCAGUGGCGGGGCCAGCUCAGAUGCCAUCUGUAGAGACUUCUUGAGGAAUGUGUGCAAGCGAGGCAAGCGUUGCCGAUAUCGCCACCCAGACAUGAGUGAGGUGUCCAACUUGGGGGUGAGCAAAAACGAGUUCAUCUUCUGCCAUGACUUCCAGAACAAGGAGUGUAGCCGCCCAAAUUGCCGUUUCAUCCAUGGCUCCAAGGAGGAUGAGGAUGGCUAUAAGAAGACAGGAGAGCUUCCCCCACGGCUGAGGCAGAAAGUAGCAGCUGGCCUUGGCCUUUCACCGGCAGACCUACCAAAUGGCAAGGAGGAGGUCCCUAUCUGCCGUGACUUUCUCAAGGGUGACUGUCAGAGAGGAGCCAAGUGCAAGUUCCGUCACCUGCAGCGGGAUUUUGAGUUUGAUGCUCGGGGUGGAGGAGGCACUGGUGGGGGCUCAACAGGCUCAGUCCUCCCAGGACGACGUCAUGAUCUCUAUGAUAUCUAUGACCUUCCUGACAGGGGCUUUGAGGACCAUGAGCCAGGCCCAAAACGCCGGCGAGGUGGAUGCUGCCCCCCUGAUGGCCCUCAUUUUGAGUCAUAUGAAUAUAGCUUGGCUCCACCGCGAGGGGUGGAGUGCAGACUGCUAGAGGAGGAGAAUGCCAUGCUCAGAAAGCGGGUAGAGGAGUUAAAGAAGCAGGUCAGUAACCUGCUCGCCACCAAUGAGGUAUUACUGGAACAAAAUGCUCAGUUCCGCAAUCAGGCCAAGGUCAUAACCCUGAGCUCCACUGCACCAGCGACUGAGCAAACUCUGGCCCCCACUGUGGGCACUGUCGCUACUUUUAACCAUGGCAUUGCCCAGACUCACACUACUCUCAGCAGCCAGGCUCUACAGCCUCGUCCAGUGUCCCAGCAAGAACUGGUGGCCCCUGCUGGAGCUCCAGCGGCUCCCCCAACUAAUGCUGCACCUCCUGCUGCUCCACCACCCCCACCCCCACACUUGACCCCAGAGAUCACGCCACUGUCAGCUGCCCUGGCUCAAACAAUUGCCCAGGGAAUGGCACCCCCACCUGUCUCCAUGGCUCCUGUGGCUGUAUCUGUGGCUCCUGUGGCCCCUGUGGCUGUAUCGAUGGCCCAACCCUUGGCAGGAAUCACAAUGAGCCACACCACCACUCCCAUGGUGACUUACCCUAUCGCUUCCCAGAGCAUGCGCAUCACGGCCAUGCCACACUGAUGGGGCUAAUGGACACUCCCCUGGUAUAGCCUCCCAGGGCUGGGGUCAAGGGGCCCUUGCCCACUUGCCUAGCCCUCCCCAGCCCUGUCUGAAGGGCUCCCUUGAGAACUAGGACAAGAGACUACAAGCAGUAUGUCCUGAGGAGGGGUUGGGUUGGUGUGUUUUCUCUCACCUCCCUUUUAUGAGGGUCCUCUUGUCCAUCUUCAAGCCUCACAGUGGGGGCUUGCAAAGGAAUGCAGACUGAAGCCAGCAGAGAGGAAGGACUGACUGAAGGGCUGUGUCCUCUUACGGGAAUUUGGGAACAUCCCUCGUCUUGUCCUCUCUUCUGCACAGCACAGGUUCCAGCACUGGUUUUGGAAGAAAAAAAUACCCUGCCCAGAGGGAAAGCCAGGAAAGAUUGGGAAGUGGGUGAUUAGGAGAGAAGGCCUGACAGGAGCCUUCAAACAAUUUGGGUCCUAGUUGGUUGGGUUGGACAAUAAAGGAAUUGCUUCUGGGCCCUGGGAAGGCUGGGACCGUAGUGCUCCAGCCCAAAGACUAGGGAAGCAUUCAUUACCCUAGUUUGGCCUGAAAAUCCAUAGGGCAGGGCCCACUACUUUCCAAAGAAAUAAAAGAACAAUUAUUUUUAACAAAUGGAGGCAGUGAAAACUUGCUUAGAUAUUCUGUGUGGAAGAUGGGAGCAGUAAAUAGAUCUCAUGCCAAAAUGGGAUAAAGACCCCAGCCUCACAUAGCUUUGGUAAGAUGGAUAGAAGCCAGUGAAGAAGGGUAGGGACCCAGAACAAGACCAAAUGGGGCUUUGGGGAAGGCACUUUAUGGGGCAAAAGCUUUGGAGCCACCUAGUCUAGUUUAAAAAUAGUCCCAUCUGUUUCUGGUCUCUGUCGGUAUGUGCUGUUCCCAGGUUGCCUUAGUAACCAGGGCUCCUAGGGUCAUUUAGCGGGGCAGGCAGUAAGGAGGGUGUAUUUGCUGAGAAAUGGGGAUGGGAUGUUACGUAGUUGACAGGUCCUUGUUCAAACAGCAGGACAGGUGGAGUUGAUGGCAGUUGCCUCUGAGUUGAUGGCAGUUAAUGUCCCUCCUACGAUGGCAGUUAAUGUCCCUCCUAUGCCAGCCCUUCCUCAGUGGCCAGUUCCUUAAGCCUUCAAGGCUUAGGAGGUCUGGGAAAAGAGUCCUUCUAGGGACACAAGGCUCAGGGUCCAUCCCUUUCCUCUAUCUCCACAUAGCACCAGAAGUUUUAAAUCUACUUGAGUCAGUAAGGCCAGGGGCCCCAAUAGUCAAACCUCAGUUCCUCCUCAGCUCACAGCUGAUGUAGGGAAAACAACUCAGGUGUCUAGUCUAAUGGGACAGUAGAUUUGGGGGUAGAGAGUGAUCCUGGAUUGUGUUCCCCCUCGUUAUAUCUCGUGCUACCUCUUGCUGUCUUGUCUGGUUGAUCACUCAGGUCGCAUCUGGGAUUGGAGAUGGUGGGCUAGGUCAAGGCCAGUCAUUAAAAAGCCUAAAGACUGAAAGUGGGCUAACAUUGUUUGUGGAUUUUAGAAGCAACACAUUGAUAAGUUUAAUGUUGUUUUUUUGGGGCACAAGUUUUUUUUUUUUUUUUUUUUUUUUUGAGAUGGAGUCUUGCUCAGUUGCUAGAAGACUGGAGUGUAGUGGCACAAUCUCAGCUCGCUGCAACAUGCGCCUCCUGGGUUCAAGUGAUUCUCUUGCGUCAGCCUCCUGAGUAGGUGGGACUACAGGCGCCCGUCACCAAGCCCAGCUAAUUUUUUUAUUUUUAGUAGAGACGGGGUUUCAUCAUGUUGGCCAGAAUGGUAUCGAUCUCUCGUGAUCCACCCGCCUCAGUCUCCCAAAGUGCUGGGAUUACAGGUGUGAACCACCGUGCCCGGCAAUUCUAGACUAUUAAAAGAGAUGGCUUACGAGCAUUUAGAGAAGAAUGUAACAAUAGAUACCAACAUGAAUUAUCAGUCAAAUCCUGACUGACUGUAUUUCCUCCUUGCCAAGUUAUCUCCAAAGAGGUAGAUUUGGAAACUUUGGACAUUGUAUGUCUUGUAUGUAUUUACUCCAGCUAAAGACCACCAAGAAUACACCUGGUAAUUGAGCAAGUUGGGUUUAAUGCUCAUUGCAGUGAGGGGGAGGGCUCACCAUUGAGAAUACGUGGUGUGUCUCAGCAUGAGGGUGUUAGGAAGGACUUAGAGGACUUAGACUUUGGUUAAGUGAUUUUGGGGAAGAUUCAGGAAAGCGGGUGUUUUUAUGGGUUGGGUGCUGUUAAGGGAAGCAAGGAUAACUCUAUGAUUGGGUAGCUUGUCUAGAAGAAGGGCAGACAAGUGAACCUAAGCUGCAGUCGAUGAUGAAGUCACUAGCUGGGAAAGGGGAUGUUUGCUGUUUUGUGGUUUGCACACUGACCUUGUUUUGUGCUUAAACAAAAUUGUCAAGUGAUUUUGUUUUUUGUCUCACUUCAUCACAGUCACUGAGUGAUCUUGUCCGAUGCUGGUGUUUUGUGAGAUUGUGUCCAAGAGAACUCCUGACCUCAAAUAGAAGAGAACUUUUGGACACAAACACACAUAGCUUACAGGUGGUACCUGUGAGCACCAGGUCAGCCCUAACAGCUCUGAAGCCUGGCUGUGUCAGACCAGUUCCCAGAUUACAGGAGCGGCUUUCCUCUCACCUGCUAAGUCAUCACAGAUAAGAGGAAAAUUAUGGGUCAGUUAAUAGUAGCAUUUUUUCCUUUCAAAUGGCUCUGGUUAAAAAAUAAUAAGAUAAAAAAAUAGCAUUUGGUGGAAUCAAACUGAACACUUGUACUUAGUGUUGGUUAGGGCAUUUAUGUUGGUGAAAUCUCUGUUCUCUAGUGAUAAGCCCAAGGGCUGUGUUUUAUUAUAAAAAGAAAAAACCCAACUUGGGUAAACAUAUAAAAAGCCCAUUUAUCAACAGUAACACAGGAAGAGCUAAAUAAUAUUCAAAGUGUCUGUAACUUGGAUUGACUAAAACACUGGAGCACUCUCACACUAAAAACUUACUUAGAUCUUGAGCUUGUCGGGGAACAAUGUUAGAGAUCUAUAUGAGCAAUAAUUCACAUGAGAACAACCUGGGACUUCCAGUUGGCUGCAAAAAAAUAGAAUCUUAGCCCUCAAUGUGUCCAUUUAUAAAUAUUAAGAGCAUGCUAUGUUCUAGGCAUCUUUCUAGGAGGCUCCAUAAGGGCAGUAGAACCUUGGUAAUGGAUUAUAAAUACAGCAGUCUAUGUUCUGCGUUAAGUAUAACCACUUAGUAGUGUGUUCUUCUAAAUGUAAUUUUUAAAGAGGGCCAUUGACAAACCAGUGUGGUUUGCUGGAAAAAAGAAAAGGCUGGCAAGAGAAAGCUUCAAAUAGAAGUCUACAAAUAUUUGAAGGGCUGCCCAGUGGAGGAAGGUCCUGUUUGCUACAUAGGAAAUAAAAAGGGAGUUCUGGAA